AUGAACAUUUCGCCGUCCGUCUCCCUCGAUGUGGUGCUCCCAAUCCUGGGCAUCCCCUCCCGGAAGGCCGAGCUGAUGCUCCAGUCACUGGAGAUGAAUCCUCUGGCUCUUGGCCACGGGAGCGUGGACCUGAGGGAGCAAAUAAGGGACCUCAAGGAGAACCGGAAGCCGUUUUACCUCCAUAUGGACGAGCUCUUCGCCCCCGAGAUUUGCAGCAAUCCCAAGCUCGGCUGGAAAUGCAACACCUUCGCCAUCCAGUCCGUAGACGGCCUAUACUUCCAGGUCGUCUACGUAGACGUGGUGGCCUCCAACAGCGCGGAACGUUCCAAGUUCCACUUCGAGCGCAUUAUGAGAAGGUUGGACCAGUACGACUUGACGCGGUUCAUGGUGGCGUUUGUGUCGGACAACUGCCCCAUGAACGGGUUUUCCCUGGGCAGAUGGACGGUGCCGCACCUGUGGGACAUCACCCACAUGCUGGAUUGGUUCCCGCAGGUCCAUGGAGUGCUUAACAGGACCUUGGAGCGGGCGUACAACACACGAUUUGGGCGGUCGACCUUCCGAGCCAUCUUCUCCGACAUCAGGCGACGCCUCUACGUGGAGGUGUCUGCCAUGGACGCUCACUCCAAGAGGGCCGACGACGUGCAAGAGGAGAGCCUGCGCCACCUGCACUCUAUGGAGGCUGCGGUUGAAAGAUUUUUCGCCGCCAGCGGGGUCGACACGUUUGACCCCAGGUACAUGGCGAACGACACAUUGGAGCGAAUUGGAAAAAAGUGGAAAAAUCGCUUUCAAUCAUUAAUUGCUCCAAACGGUCCCCUGGACGCCGACACAUUGACCGUGGAGGGUUCGGAGAUCUACCCAAAGGUCUUCGCCCUGCUCGCCUGCGUCGAUGGGUACCGCGGCACAGAAUCUUAAAUGAAAAAGUAAAAAUAAAAGUUUAAAUAGAUUUUAUUAUUUUUUUGAAUUUGGUGGAGUUGUGGGCUUUUCUGUGUAGCAAG